AUGGCCGGCAUCAAGACGAUCAUCGGGCUGUCCUUCGUCCUCGCGAUAGGCUUCUUGCUCGUCAUCCUCUCCGCAGCGCUGUUCCACAACUACCUCACGCUCCUCGUCGUAGCGACCUACGUAAUUGCACCGCUCCCCAACUGGAUAUGCGGCCGCGCCUCGACCCAAGAUGACUUCAUGGAGAGUUCGGGGAACGGUGUGAUCGACUUCGGUCGGUUCCUGACCGGCUUUUUUGUCGUCAUGGGAAUCGCGCUCCCCACGCUGCUCUGGCACUCGGCGCAGAUCGCCGGCGGCGCCGCGGCCAUGUCAGUCAUUGGCGGUCUGACAAUCUACUCUACUAUCAUCAGCUUUACGCUGUUCUUCCAUGAGGAUCAAGACUUCUGA